AUGGAAACUGUUUUGCAACCAAAGCCGAGACCAUUUGAGUCUUUGAAAAGAAAGCGUUUUAGAGAAUGGUUGAGACCGUCAACUGCGCGUGGAUCCUUAUUACAACCUGACACAUUGAAUUUGCGUGAGUUUUCACAACCCUGUUCCACCAACACAUUUUCCGAUUUGAACUCUACUCACUGCCCUUUGGUUUCAACUCCAGUCCAAUAUAUAUGUCAGGACGGAAAGAGGUUUUUUUCUAGAGGAGAAACUAAAUUUGAGACCUUGUUUCGUAAUAGAAAAUUCUAUGAAUUCAAAGAUAACUUAAAAAGGGGAUUCAAGAAAAUACGUCAUCGAAGAAAUGAACAUGAAACCGAAAAUAGGUGCCCUACAGUUGAAAAAAAACAAAAAUUAGAACUAGAAAAGCUGGACAAGACUGAAGAUGAUACGCCGUGUUUUAACAAGUUCCAUACAAAGCCGAAAGAUCUUGAAACGCAAUUUGACCAUUCAAAUGAAAGCCAAAAUUUUAAUAAAACCUAUUUAGACAAUGAGUUAUGUUGGAAUGUAAGUGAGCGAUUGAUUUCCUUCAAUAAUUUGAAGUAUGAAGAUUUGAAACAUUUUGAAGAAAAUCUACAAAGCUUAGCUCCUGCAACUUUUACUCCAAUUGAAUCGAAUGAAUCACUCGAUGGAUCAGACUCUACCCGUGGCACAAAAAGAAGCAUUCGCAAUGAUUCUUAUGAUACUACUUCUGAAAAAAGACUCUGCUUAAAACAGUACUUAAAUGAACCCAGAUCAGAUGAAUCGAUGGAAAGUACACCCUCCAUAUAUAUUACCAAAGAAGAUCCACAAAGAAUUGAUGUACUUAAUUCCACAGAAUCUUUUCUUAUCGAAAAAGUAGAUUUCCCUUCUAACAGUCGGAUUGAUCAAGGUAUUCCAGAUGGUGAAAGCGAUCACCAAUCUGUACAGAUGGAUGGAAAGUCGAUAUAUAGUGUCGAUUCCGGCAGUAAAAAAACCACAGACUUUACUGAUUUUGAUAUCAAUGCAGCAAGUGCGACUGAAAAGCCAAUUGAAGUGAGCUCAGCAUUAAAGGAAAAUAGCCCGGAUAAGGGCAUAGAUGUCGCGAGCAGUAGCUAUUCUGAUGACGUAGAGCAAACUUUUGAGGCAAUUGAAUCUGAGGAGCUCUCCGAUUUAUCAGAAACGAGUUCAAGUGGUAGUAGUAAGGUUUAUACUAUCCCAACUUUUCGGGAAGUUAGCAAACUGCUGAACAUUUCACAAAUUCUUUCAAAGGUUUGCAAAGAUGAUUUGACUCAAGAUAAGUUAACAAAUCUAAUUAAGAAGCACCAAAACAAGAAAAGGCGUAUGAAUUUCAGAAAUAAAAGAUUUUAUGACGCCUUUAAUCCAUACGUUAAUGAUCAAGAGGAGUCGGAACUAUCUGACAUUGAAAAUACUUUGCCAACGGAUAUAGAUCUAGAUAUUAGGGAGAAAAGUACAUCUAGUGUCAGAUUUGAUGAAAACUCGCGUCUCUUAAUCUACAAGAAAUCUAAAAAGCUAAACAAAGAUGAGAGCCAAAGUAGCUAUGCGACCGGUGAAAAGAGAUCGAUUUUAAAAGCAAAGAGAAAUAUGCAACAGAAUGAGGAAUCCCAAAGAGCUUCUAAGUGUGACACAGUGGGCGUUGCGCAGUUUUUACAUUAUUUCCAAUAUACUGAGUAUAAAAGACAAAGGAAUGAAGCAGAAAACUAUAGGCUAAGAGGAGAACAACUAAGUAAGUACUAUUCUGAAGAGUAUUCCCUGGACAUUUCGAACGCAGAGGGCGAUGAUUCCAUUAACGAUAAAUCAGGAAUCAUAUCAAGUAUGAGAGCCACAGAGAGAAAUAUUGGUAGACAAUUGAAAGGCGUAGGUAGUCAAGAGGCACAAAUUAUAUCGCUAGAUGAGGAUGUAUUUGGCCCAACUGAAAAAAAAAAUCUCACAGUUAUUACUUCGUGA